CCAUCAUCCAUACUUCCUAGUUCCAAGAAGCAUCUGAGGAAGGCUCCACGCGCCGUCCAAGGAGAGUGCGACGCGCUUACGCUGCCAUUGCCGCCGACUCUGUUGUCGUCUUUAAAUCAAAUUCAAUCUUUCAACCCUCAUUUACACCGUUUCUUCUUGACCUUUCUCAUAAUAUCACCAACACUCCCAAAACAAUUAUCAAAUAUCACUCCCCUCCCUUUGCAACUCUGCCUCCUGCUUCAUCGUCGAUGGCUUCCUUCUCCGGAUACAACCCCCAAUCCCACUCCCCCUCCCCCUCGGCGCCACCCAUGCCCAAUCCUCAAGCUCCCAGCUCGUCUCAGCCCCACUACAGUCAGCCUCCUCACUGGCAUGGAUCUUCAUAUGGGCAUUCCUCUUUUCCACCAGGGACACACCCAGAUGUCAUCAGAAGCUUUCAAAUGGUGGACAGGGACAGGAGUGGAUAUAUAGAUGAGAUUGAGCUCCAACAAGCUCUCUCUUCUGGGUAUCAGAGGUUUAGUCUCCGGACCAUUCGCUUGCUCAUGUUUCUCUUUAAGAAUCCCAGCUCUCCUUUGGGGAUUGGGCCUAAUGAGUUUGCUGCAUUAUGGAGUUGUCUCGGUCAAUGGCGAGCCAUAUUUGAAAGAUUUGAUAGAGAUAGAAGUGGGAAGAUUGACUCCAUGGAGCUAAAGGAUGCUCUCUACAGUCUUGGGUAUGCAGUCCCGCCUUCUGUUCUCCAGGUUCUGAUUUCCAAGUAUGAUGAUCGAAGUGGCCGGAGGGUUGAACUCAAUUUUGACAGUUUUGUUGAGUGUGGGAUGAUUGUGAAGGGUUUGACUGAAAAAUUCAAGGAGAAGGAUCCACGUUACACUGGUUCAGCAACACUCACCUACGAUGCAUUCUUGUCUAUGAUCAUUCCAUUUCUUGUAGCGUAGAAUCAAGUGGAUGUAAUACCUUCCAUUGUAAAGUUCUGAUUUGUAUCUUUUCAUUUGAUUAUUUGAUUGGCAUAAUAAGUUGCAAAUUCUGUGAGUUGUUAAAUGGAUUGUUACUGUAUUUUGAGAUUUUGAGAUAUGUUUUUCUUCUUUGAAAGUUUUCUAGAAUCUGUUGUUAGUGUCUGUUAUGGCAAAUUCAUGUCUCUCAUGUUCAUAUUCAUGUGCCAUGUAUGGAUUUGAGUUGGUGUUGUAGUAUUUGAUUAUGUAAUCUUAUAGGUGUUUCAGUGCUUGCUUUGGGUAUUAGAUUCAAGCAAGCUUUUUUAUAUUGAGAAAUGAGAAUUUUGCUAUACAAUAAGAGGAGGUUUUCUUUGUAUGAGGUUAAA